GACUUAAUUUUAAAAUAUAUAUCAUUCCAAAAUAUAUGAACAGUUAUUUUGCGAUAUUAUUUGUGUGUGGUUCACUGGUUGGAUAGUGCCGUCAAUCUGUAUUCAUUUAAAAAAAAGAUGGUUGUUGCACUUGCUGUGCUUUAAUAAAAGGUCGAUUUUAUCUAUUUCCGUUUGCUAAUACACAAGAUGAGGGGUGGGUGGUUGGAUUUAUUUAUUAGGUCGAGCCGGGGUGACCCGCCAAAGUUUUCUCCAGCUGUUUUAAUAGAGUCCAAUAGCCACCGAUGUGCCACUCUGGGCUUUUCCAGGCCAGCCUCUCCGGCGACGAGAGCCAGCGAAAGUUCCCGGAUGCGGGUGGAUGCGUCCGCAGAGCUGUGGGACGUCCUCUGUGCUCCCCUGAUGUCCUUGUGGCUGAACAGAUUUUACGUUUACACGUGUGCAGCUUUUGGAAUCAGCCUUUGGAUCUGCCUCCAGUUCCUCAGCAAAGCAAAAAAACACAAUGCUGAUCACCUCCCGAAAUUAAGCCUCCCCAAAAUCACCACAGACGAAUGUGCAAGAGAGAAGAAAGAUCUCCAGGCUGGCAAAAUCCACGUUGCUGGGGUGAAGAUUUUUUAUGGGUCUCAGACUGGAAUGGCAAAGAGAUUUGCGAGGCUGCUUGCUGAAGCUUCCGCCUCCCUCCUUCUGCCAACAGAAGUUAUUGACAUGGGAGAUUAUGAUCCAUAUGAUUCUCUCGUAGAAGAGACGACCAGCAAGAACAUCUGUGUCUUCUUAGCGGCCACUUACACAGGCAGCAAGCCGACGGAGAACGCAGCGUGGUUUUGUAAGUGGCUGGAAGAGGUAGCCAGCGACUUCAGAGUUGGCAAAACAUACCUGAAGGGCUUGAGAUAUGCCGUCUUUGGCCUGGGGAAUUCGUUGUAUGCUGAUCACUACAACACCGUUGGCUGCAACAUAGACAAGUGGCUCUGGCAGCUGGGGGCUGCCCGCAUCCUGUCCUGUGCCAGGGGGGAUGGCAACGUGGCGAAGAGCCGGCACGGCAGCCUCGAGGCUGAUUUUGAGGCCUGGAUGGCCAAGUUCCUUGCCUGGCUCCGGAUCCUUUGCAAAGGGGCGAAGAACGCCUGUUGCAGGAAUUGCAAGGCUCGGAAAUGCCGAUCAAAAGGGAAGGCGGACUCGGAGACGCCGGAGCGAGAGGGGAAGGCCUCGGAAGACGAGACGGGAGCGGGCGGCGCCAGCACAGAGCAGGAGGAAGGCCUGUUCGAAACCACGAGCGAGGAGGAGUCCGGUGACAAGGGGGAAGGCGGCCGAAAUCCUGUGGUCGACGUUGAGGACCUGGGGAACGUGGUGGGCCAUGUGAAGAAAGCCAAAAGAGAGUGUGAGCUUAGUGAAGAAGCCACCAGGAGGGGCAUGGGAGAAGAAGAGAGGCGAGAGAUUAUCACACCAGCUCUCCGAGAGGCCCUGUCAAAGCAAGGUUAUAGAUUGAUCGGGAGCCACUCCGGAGUCAAGCUUUGUCGGUGGACAAAGUCGAUGCUGCGAGGAAGAGGAGGCUGCUACAAGCACACGUUUUACGGCAUCGAAAGCCACCGUUGCAUGGAGACCACGCCCAGUUUGGCCUGCGCUAAUAAAUGCGUCUUCUGUUGGAGGCACCACACGAAUCCUGUGGGCACUGAAUGGCGGUGGAAGAUGGACCAGCCUGAAAGGAUCCUUCAAGAGGCCGUUGAGAACCACCAGAACUUGAUCAAAGAAUUUAAAGGUGUCCCUGGAGUGAGAAGCAACCGCUUUCAGGAAGGGAUGGUCCCCAAGCACUGUGCUUUGUCUCUGGUUGGGGAGCCGAUCAUGUACCCCGAAAUAAUUUUUUUACAGCACCAACGCACUGUCUAUAGGCUAACGCUGGUGAAGGCCUGGAACGUGGAGGAACUCCAAGCCUACGCUGAGUUGGUGGCUCUCAGCCAGCCGGAUUUCAUAGAGGUUAAGCUGCAUAAAAGCCAGAAGGGUUGGCUCCGUUCAGAACGCACCAUGCCUCUCUCAGGAGGCAGAGGAAGGAGCCCGGUUCGGGUUAGGCACCAGAGCAAGGAGGGAGUGGGGGGUGACGUACUGCGGGGAAAGUUUGGCCAGCAACCUCACGAUGGCCAACGUCCCGUGGCACGAAGAAGUGGUCCAUUUUGUCCAGGAGUUGGUCGAUCUCCUCCCUGGCUACCAGAUCGCCUGCGAACACGAGCACUCCAUCUGCCUCCUGAUUGCACACGAGAAGUUCAAAAUCGGCGGCCAGUGGCACACCUGGAUCGACUACGGCCGCUUCCAGGACCUGGUCCACGCGUACGAACGGAGCGGGGGAGUCAUGAGGUUCACCUCGGCCGACUACACAGCCCUGACCCCACAGUGGGCCUUGUUCGGGGCUAGGGAGCGGGGUUUUGACCCCACAGACACGAGAUUUCAAUGCCGGAACAGGUCCAAGGACAUCUCCGGAUGUUGACCUUCGCUGAACUGUUGGACUUCCGUCUUGACAGAUUCCGGGCAUUUUUAGCUUUCCCACCGAGGGCAGAAAUGUCUGCACAAUGCCAGCAAUUCCCGCUGUUGUUGGGCUUCAGCUCCCCAGCCAGAGUGGCCAGUUGUCGGGGGCUGAUGGGCAUUGUAGUCCAACAUCUGCAGGAGGACCAGAGAGUUGCCUUUUGUAGCCACAAUCGCUUUGGUGGUUUUGAAACCAGUUGAUACUCCCACAUUCAGUGCUCCAGCCUGCUGGCGUUUGUGGGAGUUGUAAAUACGUUUUUAGUCUCUCCUUUCUAAAAAAACAAAACAAAACUUGUUUAAAUAAUACAAAAGAAGGAAAAUGAGGAAAUAAAGCACUGGAUUUCAGGGCA